GGGUCGGGUUUGGCCCGCGGUGGAUGCGGAGGGUAGUAUUCGCCUUCGCACGCGCGACGUCGGGGGUGAAGGAACUUCAGGCGCGGCGAAGCAUUGGCAGUCAUCGUCAUUGUAACAGUGCGGAUCGCUCAAAAGCCAUACCUCGGCGGACGGCCGUCGAGUCUCUUCUGUGCCACUCUGCCGCACUUCCACCAACAGACAUGCCUGGCAGGGCCAAAGCCUCGCCCGUCUGCGGCCCUGACCAGCCACAAGACUUGGAGAGCAGCCGUGGGGCUAAAGCCGGCGCCCUCCAGGAAGAGCCUGAGGGGGGAGGAGAAGGAGGCGCUGCUGCUGUCGCAGACUGCGGAAAUAGCCCCAAUAUGGGAGAUGCGGAGAUUGUCAAGUCUCCCAGCGAUCCCAAACAGUACAGAUACAUCAAGCUACAAAAUGACUUAUGUGCUCUGCUGAUUUCGGAUUUGAAUAACCCAGACGGUAGCCCUUAUGCAGCAUCUACAGAGGGAGAAGAGGAGGAGUCUGAGGAAUUUAGUGAUGAGGAUGAUGAUUCUGGAGCAGAAAUAGAAGAUGAUCAGGAAGGAUAUGAUGAUGAUGGUGAAUAUGAUGAUGAUCUUGAUGACCCUGACAGUGAAUUGGAAGAGCUAGCAGAUAAAGAGGAGACCAGGAAGAGAAACUGUACAGAAAAGCAGUCUGCAGCUGCACUUUGUGUUGGUGUUGGCAGUUUCUGUGACCCUGAAGAUCUGCCUGGGUUGGCACAUUUUCUGGAACAUAUGGUUUUUAUGGGCAGCUCAAAAUAUCCAGAUGAAAAUGGGUUUGAUGCAUUUCUGAAGAAGCGUGGGGGCAGUGACAAUGCCUCAACAGAUUGUGAGCGGACAGUCUUCCAGUUUGAUGUACAGAGGAAGUAUUUCAAGGAAGCCCUUGACAGGUGGGCACAAUUUUUUGUUCACCCUUUAAUGAUUCAGGAUGCAAUUGACCGGGAAGUUGAGGCUGUGGACAGUGAAUAUCAGCUUGCAAGACCUUCUGAUACAAACCGAAGAGAAAUGUUGUUUGGAAGUCUUGCUAAGACUGGUCAUCCCAUGAAGAAGUUCUUCUGGGGUAAUGCAGACACUCUCAAACAUAACCCGAAACAAAAUGGCAUUGAUACCUACACCCGACUGAGGGAAUUCUGGCAGCGCUAUUAUUCGGCUCACUAUAUGACUUUAGUUGUGCAGUCCAAAGAAACUUUGGAUACUCUGGAAAAAUGGGUGACCGAAAUCUUCUCUGAAAUCCCAAAUAAUGAUUUAUCUGGACCAGUGUUUAGCCACCUGACAGAGCCUUUUGACACACCUGAUUUUCACAAACUUUACAGAGUUGUUCCAAUCAGAAAGACACACUCUUUGAAUAUCACUUGGGCCCUUCCUCCACAAGAACAGUAUUACAGAGUAAAGCCACUUCAUUAUAUUUCCUGGCUGGUUGGACAUGAAGGCAAAGGCAGUGUUCUUUCAUUUCUUAGGAAAAAAUUCUGGGCACUUGCAUUAUAUGGAGGAAAUGGUGAGACAGGAUUUGAGCAGAAUUCCACCUAUUCAGUCUUCAGUAUUUGUGUGACUCUAACUGAUGAAGGUUACAGGCAUUUCUAUGAGGUUGUUCAUGUUGUAUUCCAGUAUUUGAAAAUGUUGCAGAAAACAGGACCAGAUCAAAGAAUAUGGGAAGAGAUCCAGAAGAUUGAAGCUAAUGAAUUUCAUUAUCAAGAACAGACUGAUCCAGUUGAGUAUGUGGAAAGCCUUUGUGAAAAUAUGCAGUUGUUUCCAAAAGAGGACAUUCUGACUGGAGACCAGCUUCUGUUUGAAUACAAGCCAGAGAUAAUUGCUGAGGCUCUUGAACAGCUGUGUCCCCAGCGAGCUAACCUUAUUUUAUUAUCUGCUUCCCAUGAAGGCCAGUGCCAUCUGAAGGAGAAGUGGUUUGGCACACAAUACAGCAUUGAAGAUAUAGAUAAACACUGGAGUGAAAUGUGGGCUGGUGACUUCAUGUUAAAUCCAAACUUGCAUAUGCCUGAAGAAAACAAAUAUAUUGCAACAGAUUUUGCUUUGAAGGUCCCCGACUGUCCACAGACAGAAUAUCCAGUCAGUAUACUGAAUACCCAGCAAGGUUGUUUGUGGUACAAGAAGGACAAUAAAUUUAAAAUUCCUAAAGCUUAUAUCCGUUUCCAUCUAAUCUCACCACUGAUUCAGCAGUCUGCUGAGAAUGUAGUGCUUUUUGAUACAUUUGUGAACAUCUUUGCGCACAACCUUGCUGAACCUGCUUAUGAAGCAGAUGUUGCCCAGUUGGAAUACAAGCUGGUAGCGGGAGAGCAUGGAUUGAUCAUUCGUGUGAAAGGAUUCAAUCAUAAGCUACCUCUGCUGUUUCAACUCAUCAUUGACCACUUAGCUGACUUCAGUUUUACUCCAGAGGUUUUUGAAAUGAUAACAGAGCAGCUGAAAAAGACUUACUUCAACAUCCUCAUCAAACCAGAGACACUGGCCAAAGAUAUACGCCUCUUAAUACUGGAAUAUGGCAGGUGGUCUAUGACGGACAAAUACGAGACGCUAAUGAAGGGUCUUUCCAUUGAUUCUCUCUUGCUGUUUGUGAAGGCUUUCAAAUCUCAGCUCUUUGCAGAGGGCCUUGUUCAAGGAAAUUUCACAAGCAACGAAUCAAAAGAAUUUCUGGAUUAUGUUGUUGAAAAACUGCAGUUCCUUCCUCAAGUACACCCAUGUCCAGUACAGUUCCAAGUGAUGGAAUUGCCUAGUGCUCAUCUGCUGUGCAAAGUGAAAACCCUUAACAAAGGGGAUGCAAAUUCAGAAGUGACUGUCUAUUACCAGUCUGGAGCCAGGAGUUUAAGAGAAUAUUCUCUCAUGGAAUUGCUUGUGAUGUACAUGGAAGAACCUUGUUUUGACUUUCUGCGAACCAAGCAAACCUUAGGAUACCAUGUAUAUCCAACUUGCAGGAAUACAUCUGGGAUUCUUGGCUUCUCUGUUACUGUAGCAACACAGGCAACCAAAUACAACUCUGAACUAGUGGAUAGGAAGAUAGAAGAAUUUCUUUUAUGCUUUGAGGAAAAACUCAAGCAAUUGACAGAGGAAACUUUCAAUACACAGGUCACAGCUCUUAUCAAAUUAAAAGAAUGUGAAGAUUCCCAUCUGGGUGAGGAGGUGGAUAGGAACUGGACAGAAGUGGUGACUCAGCAAUAUCUGUUUGACAGACUAGUUCGGGAGAUUGAAGCUCUGAAAUCCCUCUCUCGAUCAGAACUAGUUGAUUGGUUCCAAAUACACAGAGGCAAAGAGAAGAAAGUACUGAGUGUACAUGUAGUUGGAUUUGGAAAACAUGAAGGAGAUGCAGAUACUUCAGCUCCCUCAAAUGUUCACAGUCCCUCAUGCAGCGAAAUACCUCAUCUUACUUUCUUGGAUGCUGCUUCUUUGACCGAUGUUACUUGUAUCAAGGACAUCAAAAUGUAUACAUCAGUUCUCAAUGUUCUUCCAUACCAUAAGAUAUUAAAAUAGCUCUUCAGACUGCCAUAGAAGCUUCACUACAGCAUACUUGGAGUGGUUUGGCAAAACCCCUUUUAAAAAACUAACCACUGCCUUAAGUGACAUUGGGUCUAGGUCUCUGUUUUACUUAUAAAGGAUCUAAUUUACCAUACUUCCUGAAAAAUGUGUAACUGCUACAUUAAAUAAUCAAACACAAGCAUCUUUUUGAAGGAUCAAGGUAUGCAUAAGCAGGAGUGUUGUUAGUAAAUAUUAGAAGGAUGCAACAAAGGAGAAUUAAAAAUGCAUAGGAGAAUUAAAAAACUGCAUAAAGAAGAACUAAAUCUGCCAGCAGCCUGACUUGGGUGGACAUGUAUGUAUGGACAAGACUAUCUUGGGACAGGUUUCAGCUUAUUUGUGUGUCAUUUUAGGUAAAGACAGCCAAGGGUGCCUGAAAUUGUCAUAGACAUCAUCUGCAUAAGGAGGUUCAGUGUAAGUGCUCCAAGAGGUAUCAUGUGCAAUAACUUAAGUUAUUGAUCUUUUUUUGCAUCUACGUUGUUAUAAAGUAACAUCUUUCACUGUAGAGGCUAUUAAAAAUGACCUCUUACAUACUUUUAGCCCUCAUGGUUACAACUUUUUGUAGCUUAGAAAAGCCCCAUGUUUUUUUUAUUCACUAGAGCAGGUAUUCAAAUAUGUAUUGUCACUUCAAUAAGCCUUGCAUUGAGAUUCACAGUUACAUGCUUCCCUUUUAAAGCACAACUAGAUUUCAGUUGAAACAACCAAGCAUAUGUUUCCCAGUUUCUGCAGCCUUUCACGUUUUUGCUUGAAGAAAAAUCUGGGCAAUCAGAGCAUGCCAUCAGACAUUCUACGUGGUCAUAUAAACAAUGGACAAAAUACUGAAUCACUUUUGCUGGGGGGAGGUCCUAAAUUUUCACAGAACAGCUUUCAGCAAGCAUCAACUAUUGAAUCUAUUUUGUUCCCUAUUAAAAACAUGUAUUUAAUUUGUAGGCAUAGAAAAUGGUAGGAAACAUCAGAGCUUGGCACCUGUCCUAUUUCUAAGAGACACCACAGAACUUCAUUAUAAUCCUUCUGAAGUCACACAAUUCUGCAGGGAGAAAUAUGCAUGAACUACAUCAAGUUAUUUUGGGGGGGGGGGGGGAGGGAAGGGGGAUAUUUGAAGUGUGCUGCUUUGUUUUGGUGUGUGCUGUCAUCAUUAGUCCUAACAAGCUCUAGGUUAGAUUGGUCAUAUUAAAUAGAACUUCAUAAAGUGAGUUUUUAAAAAUCACUGUCCAUUAGUGUGAUUUUGGUAUCACCGUGUGAUUAACGUCAAGAGAAAAAGACAGAGCACAAAGUUCAUUUACAAUAAAACAGAUGUAAGAAUUAA